CAAAGAUGGCAGCGACCAGGCGUUUACAAAAGGAACUAGGGGACAUCAGAAAAUCAGGCCUGCGUUGUUUUAGGGAGAUCGUGGUGGAUGAAGGCAACAUUCUACACUGGCAAGGGAUCAUUGUUCCUGAAAAUGUUCCGUAUAACAAAGGAGCAUUCCGCAUAGAAAUAGUCUACCCUGCAGAGUACCCUUUUAAACCCCCAAGGAUAACUUUUAAAACCCGGAUUUAUCAUCCAAACAUUGAUGAAAAAGGACAAGUGUGCCUACCCAUCAUCAGUCCAGAGAACUGGAAACCCGCUACAAGAACAGAUCAAGUGAUCCAGGCUCUGGUUGCACUGGUGAAUGAUCCAGAACCAGAACAUCCGCUGAGGGGAGAUCUGGCCGAAGAAUACGUCAAAGACAGAAAGAAAUUCAUAAAGAAUGCCGAGGAACAUUCGAAAAAGUAUGGCGAAAAACGACCCAGUGACUGAACGAACUUGCAGUGGUCGGUGUCAAAGAUUACAAAAAACAUUUACGCAGAAAAAGGAACUGGAAGUAUCAUGACAAUUCAGGAUGCCCCAUCUUCAGUGAUAGACAAGCACGACAGUGGCUUUAUUCACCUCUCCACUUUCCUUUUUUUCUUCUGAAUUUUAACCAAUCUGUAACUUGUACUAGUAUGAUGCCCCAUCUUCAGUGAUAGACAAGCACAACAAUAGCUUUAUUCACUCCUGCAUGUAUUUUGUUUUUUUAACCUUCCUUUAUCUUAAGCAGUGUGACUUGCAUGUCUUUCUCUAAUUUUCUGUUUGAGUAUUUCAUGAAAAAUGAAAGGUUUCUUUUAUUGGAUCAUUGUCCAGUUUGCAGGGCUUGGUUUGGGUUCAGGUUUUUAUAUGGAACUAAUACCAGCCAAUAGAAAAGUACUUCAUAUAUUAACAAAGGCAUCUCUCUACAAAGGGAGGGGGGGAGGACUUUGCACAGAGUACCAUUAAACCUGUUAGUCCGAACAUUCCCAGACUUACUGUGGCAUUUUUGUGAGCUGCAGUGUGACUGUUUGAAUAUGACUACUAUUACUACUAACUAACCUGUCUGAUUCACUUUGUAAUUCCUGUUUGUGCUGGUAAGAUAUAAAACAACAUGGCCUUUGUCAAUAUCACUUACGUCAAUUUUGUGAUGCUACAUGUUUUAUAUGCACGACUGGAAAGUUUCAGCAACUCCUUCCCAAUGUACAGUAUGGUAAGGGGGGAAAAAAGACCUCAUUUACCCUUGUUUUGUAGUGACAGUUUUCUGAGUUGCUGCAGAUAUAUUUUUCAUGCUAGAUGACCGUUCUGUCUUUUCAUAUUGCUUAAAAGAGUUUGAAGGGAACAGGGUUUAUGGUGUAUGGUGGGGCGUAUACAUAUAGAUUUUUGUGAUGGGAUGGGCUGCUAAAAUUGUCAUUGGAAGCGGGUGGGGGUGAGGCAUAGUGAUGAACAACAUUUGUAAGCUAUAUAUCACAUGUAUCCAGCAAUGUCAAGGUCAUUUGCUGUUAAUUAAUGAUUUUAACUCGAUUCCUAUGGUAGGUUGUCAGUGCAUUUCAGGACAUACAAGGUUACAAGCUAACUGUUUGUACAUGAAUAAUUUAGUCAUUUAGUCAUUUAGUCAUUUUAUGAUGAUAAUCAUUAAUUGUGUAGUACCUCUAUUGUUCACCUUAUUCCAUUGGCCUUAACUUGAGGAAGCUGGUUUAGCUGUGAAUUCACAAAGUAAAUCUGUUAUUUUAUCACCCCUUGCACCUUCUGCUUACAUAUGCUAUGGUCCUGUCCUGUAUAUAUUUCAUAAAAGAUCAAGAAAAAAAACCUAUUAAACUAUCUGAUAAAAGGGUUGACAUGUUGUACAUUUACAUGAUAACUCAAAAUGUACCAAAAAAACACACGGCCAGUUGGAAAGUAGUGUACAGCUGUGACGGAUGUACAGAAUGUGAAUCACAAAUUGUGGCAGAAUCUGUUAUACCUGUAAAGGGGUGAGCAGGCAUGGACCAGUUUCUGACUACAAGCACUUAACAGGAUCACAGUAGUCGGGACCAGUGGCAUUUAUGAAGGUACAAACCCCUAUUGUGAAAAUGAUAUGGUCCAAUUUCAGAUAUGUUUGUGUGAAAUGUGUGAUUAGUUGAACUGACAAAGGCAUUUUUAAUUUGUACGUCUGAAAUUCACACCCAAAUUCGUUAACCUGCUUAUCUAUCGGUUUAUGUAAUUGUAAUUGGGUUUACCAGAAACGGCCAUGUCCAUGUUUUAAAUUGUGAUUAAAAAAAAAAAAAACAGAAAGAAAACAAACAAAAAACUAACACCAUCCCGAUUCUGUCUAAGAAUCAAGUUCCACGACUGUGUCAUAGUGAAGACAUGGUGUCUACAGCUGGGUUUAUCCAGGCAUCGUUUGGGGCAGUACCAUCACAAACUUGUACUGUAGCGCACUUGUGUGAUUGUGACAGAUAUGCUUGGGUACUAGUACUUUCAGGACAGACACUGUAUGGCGUAGUACAUGUACCAUCAUAAUUGGCGCUGUAGUUUACUGGACUCCUCACAGUUGAUACUGUGGUGUUCUGCUGCCGUCAGUACUGAUACUGUCGUUUUGUGGUACCAUCAGAGCAGGUAGUACAGUGCAGUACCAGCGGGGACUGGUGUAUUGGUACCAUCCUGACACAUACAUGCACUUCAAAGAUUAGCAGGUGUACAAAAGUGUACUUCUCUUACACCAAAUACUUUAGUGUGCUAGUACCACCACAACUGACAUCUUUGUGUGGUACCAUCAGAACUGAUGCUGUUGUGGUACCUCACAACUGAUGCUGUGGUAAAGUUUGGUCAACAGCUGAUACUUCUACCAUAAUUCUCUGAAUUUGUGUAGUGUAGCAGAGCCGAUGCAUAUGCACUAUUUUCAUUAUGUCACUGUUGUAUGGCAUAAAAGUUGUUUUGUUUUUUUUAACAUUUUUUUUUUCUUGGUAGGAGCACACAAUACAUGUUGGUAAUUUAUGCUUAAUGACCUUUGUAUGUUGUUUGUGUAUGUUUAAAUGCAAAUUUCUAUGACUAAAAUAAGUGACUUAUCUCGACUAAACGUUGGGGUUUCCAAGAAAAUA